AUGAGCGACUUGCAGCGGGCCUGGGCAAAGGCAAAGCUUGGCCUCGGCCACGACCCCUUGGGCGAGCUGGACGAGGAGGCAGAGGGGGAGAUGGGGGGAGAGAGGCGGGGGAGAGACGUGGUGCCCGAGCUGCCCGAGCACGUGGACGACGACUCUUCCUCAGCCUCGUCGGUGUCGUCGACGGGAACGAUUAUCCCGACGCCAAGCCAGAAGCUUUUUGCGCGUCCAGAGGGCGUCGCACGAGGCAGAGCCCUGGAGCCGAUACCUUGGACGACGUACUUCGAGCGGGAGUUGUUCCUCACGUGUCACGCCGACCCGGCCGUAACGUUCCACGCCUAUCUGACGUCGCCGGUGGACAAAGGGCCGCUGUUUGUGAUGCACCACGGGGCUGGAUCCUCGGGACUCACCUUUGCCGUCGUCGGGGCCGAAGUGCGGAAGCGCCUGCCAUCUGCCGGCAUUCUCGCCAUAGACUCCAGAGGACACGGAUCCACCGUUUCGCCAGAAGAUGCUGCGCCGGACUUGCGGCUCGAGACUCUGUCCGCCGAUCUCCACAUGAUGAUACAGGCGACCAAGGACCAGAUGGGCUGGAAGCACCUACCCAGCAUGAUCCUGGUCGGGCACUCGCUGGGAGGGGCGGUGGUGACGGACUUGGCCAUGACAGGGAAGCUCGGGGCAUCUUUACUGGGCUACGCCGUGUUGGACGUGGUCGAGGGCUCGGCCAUGGAUGCAUUGCACAGCAUGCACACCUAUCUCUCGACAAGGCCCGGGGGGUUCGCCUCGGUGCAGGCCGCGAUUGACUGGCACAUUCGAUCGCGAACGGUUCGCAACUCCAUUUCGGCUCGUACAUCGGUGCCUGCGCUCCUGAGCCUGGAGGAGGGCGUCGAUCCCUCUCGGCCGUGGCGAUGGAGGACGAACCUGUCCGCCACACAGCCCUUUUGGGAGGGCUGGUUUGUGGGCCUCAGCAAGAAAUUCUUGCAUGCCAAGGGUGGCAAGCUGCUUUUACUGGCCGGCACAGAUCGACUGGACACUGAGCUCACAAUUGGACAGAUGCAAGGGAAAUAUGCCUUGCAGGUGUUUCCAGAAGCCGGCCAUUUUAUCCACGAGGACAUUCCGGAGCAGACGGCCGUCUCGUUGGCGGACUUUUACCGGAGAAACGACAGAAGCGCGCUUGUGCUGCCGCCCAAGGUAUCGGACCUCUUGAAGCACGGGAAGCCGGUAUGA